AAAUCGAAAAAUGUCUUGAUUUGACCGCUUCUGAAAAUUUUCACGAAUUGUCGAUGUGACGCACCAAUCAUUUUGCGACAGUUUGACCUUCAAGUGCUCGCGACCCCUGUCAGUGAACGAUACUCUAGGAGCGUUGCCCUUAAAGGUUAGUUUAUGCGGGCGUAUCUGUUAAUAUUUUGUGGUCGAAAAUGACCUAACAAAUGUUACACUUUAGACCUGGUAUUGGAAGCCCACAAAUAUAUUUAAGGUCUACAUGUUUAAACUGUGACCCUACUAUCAUAAAGAAUAACCUUUGAAGACAGUAAUAUUCUGCUGCGGAAAUAUAGAUGUAUACAUAACAACCUUACCCUCAUUUGAUGUAUUGUGACUUCAGUUAUAUGCAACCUGUUUGUGAAUUGCUAGACAUAUUCUUUUGUAAUCGAGUCGGAGAGAAAAUCGAUUGCAGUAUGGUAACCGUGAGGCCAUUUACUUGCUUAGACUUGUUGAAGUUUGGGAAUAUUAAUCUGGAUAUGUAUACGGAAACUUAUAGUAUCGGAUUUUAUCUGCAUUAUUUGGCAAAAUGGCCAGAGUAUAUGCGAGUUCUAGAAUCACCCACACUAACCUGUUUUGAAAGAAAUUCGACAUGUCUUUCGGAUAUUCCACACACAGGUGAUUCACAAAACCCAUCUCCCAAGGUAUUAUCAAUACCGUCUACGUGUCAACGACUUAUGGGCUAUAUGAUGGCGAAGUCAGAAGGUCAUGGAGUGGACUGGCAUGGUCAUGUCACAGCGCUGUCGGUGGCUCCUGAGUAUCGUCGUUUGAGAUUAGCUACUCAACUAAUGCUAGAGUUAGAAGAAACUUCCGAACGGAAACGAUGUUACUUUGUUGAUCUAUUCGUACGUGCAUCUAACAAACUGGGCAUAGAUAUUUAUAGUAAAUUGGGAUAUAUUAUAUACCGCAGAGUCUUAAAUUACUACUGGGGUUCCGUUGAAGAUGAAGAUGCUUUCGAUAUGAGAAAAGCACUUUCAGCGGAUGUGCUUAAACGAUCUGUCAUACCAAUGACGAGGCCGAUACGUCCAGAAGAAUUAGAACAUCCAUGAACAUACAGAUGAAGACUUGUUUAUUGGUUCUACAGUGUGGUUCUAUAUGUAACAUUAUUCAGUGGAUCCAAGUACUUGUACAUGUAUCUUUUGUAACAAUGAUAUCUUUUCUCUUCAACUGAAGUUUUGAGGGUCUGCAAAAUGACAAGA